CUCAUUAUCCUCAUCACAAAUCAUACUUUUUUUGAAAGAAGACAUUCCUUUCAAAACAAAUAUGAUAGAAUGUGAGGUGUGGGUUACUGAGCAUGCAAAAGAACAAAUAUUGAAGAAAGAAGAAGAGAAGGGAGUUGAGUUUGCUACGUUGCUCAUAGGUGUUGUUAGCAAUACAAAACCAGUGAUUACUGACUCUGUAUCAAGUAGUCACUUAACGUCUGCUUUUCUUGUGGAUUGUUGCGAUUCUAGCUGCGUUGCUCCUAUUUUGAAUUUUGAAAGUAAACUCGCUUGUGGUAAGAGAAUUGUGGGUAUCUAUACAUCUUGCGGAAUUCAAGAAAAGCGAAUUAGGAGAAUAUUGAGCUUUUUGAAUAGGAGCUGGCUUGUUCAUCUCCGAUCAGGUUUCUUACCUCCUUUGGUUUUAAAAUCGGAUUUCCACACGAUGGUGAAUCUUUCGAUUCCGUUUCCGAUCGUUUAUUGUGCAAUUGAAAGGGAAGCAGAAGAAGAUUUUGUGGACACGUUUUGUGAAUCUUUGAGAAGUCGAUUAUUAUUGAAAAAUGAGUAUGGGAUUCUUUCUGGGAAUGCAGAGUGUUCUGGGACAAUUUCGUUUGUAUUGAAGCGAGCGAGUUUUGUUUGCGAUGAUUUGGUCCCGCUUUCUUUCAAUUUGGAUGUGUGUUAUGUGGAUGGCGAAAGUGUUGAGGAGGUAAAGACUGGGGUGAUUGAACGUGUGAAGGAUUUGUUCCACGAAACGAUGACGAUGAACUAUGGUUCUGGCUGUUCUUUGUGGUAA